GGACGCUAAAUGCUGAUAUCUCAGUCGGAUGAUUUCAAAAUAGAAAAUAUUUUAUUAUCAGUGCUAACACUAUUAUUUCAGUGCCGGAAAAAGACAAGAGCAUAUUUAUGUAAAAUGUGAGACUUUUAAAGACGUGUACGGCUAGAUACCGGUAUAUUCAAAUGAAAUUGUUUGUGCAAGUUACCAUUGUUUUACCAUGUGUUAUAUUCGGCGUUGCGAGUUUAAUAAGCAACAAUACGUACAAUAUACACCGUACAAUUUUGGAUGAAUAUAAUGCAGACAUAAGGCCAUGUUUGGAUUGCACAACACCGUUGUAUAUAGAGAUGGCGUUCAAUCUUGCCUCGUUGAAUAAACUGGACGAAAUUGAAGGUGAGCUUAAUACAGUGGGAUAUGUCACUAUAUCGUGGAUGGAUGAAAGACUGAAAUGGGAUUAUCAAUCUACUGGUGUCAGCAGCAUAAUGUUAUCACCAAAACAUGUUUGGACUCCUCCAAUUAUUUUGGGAAACCCAUCUAAGUCAGUUAGCAGACUGAAUGCAGACGACGCUCUGGUGCGCGUGAUGCACAACGGAAAAAUCUUGUGGCAUCCAGGUGACGUUUUCCGUUCAAGAUGUGAGUUUGACGUCUACAACUAUCCAUUCGAUAAACAGAGUUGCAUGAUUAUAUUCACCCCUUGGUCAUAUUCAUGGAAAGAAAUUUCUCUUAAAUCUUCAAUGCAACAAAUACAAACGGAUUUCUAUCAUGAAAAUGGAGAAUGGAAAUUAGGAACGACCAACGUAUCAACUUAUGCAAACGGCCAAAUUUCCAUCAUUCAAUUUGACAUCAACUUUGUGCGUCGGUCCGAGUUUUUUGUCGUCAACGUGAUAGUACCGAUUGCAUGUCUGAGUUUCUUGAAUUGCUUAUCGUUUGCAAUCCCAAUUCAAAGUGGGGAACGAUUGUCAUAUUCCGUUACAAUUUUGCUGUCAUUUGCUGUAUUUAUGACUUUAGUAAGCGACAACAUCCCAAAAACGUCUGCUCCAAUGUCGUUGCUUUGCUAUUUUUUGAUGUUACUUUUUUCCGGAAGUGUAAUGAUUAUGAUCUGCGUGAUGGUUAACAUGCGCGUCUUUUACACAGAUCAUGCGUCCAAGAUUUCUCCCGCAUACAUUCGUUUCACAAAAUUACUCAAAUGCUGCACGAAUGAAGAAAAUUCAAAAUCACAACACGAUAAGGACAACUGCAUAUAUUACAAAAACAACAUAAACCGGUCCCCCAGUGCCUCCAUUAGUCACCUUGAGCAAGACCCGAUUGAACACGUCACAUGGCAAGACGUUUCGCAUGCUUUCGAUCGACUCGGAUUUGUAAUAUUUCUCGUAUAUUUCAUCGGACUGUCGGCAGGCAUGGUGCUAUAUAUUUCGAGGGCGAAGUUUUAA